UUGUGUCUAGUGUUACAGCCGUGAUUUACAGGCAGUGACUCAUUCUUCCAGUUGCUCGAUCCAGAAGGUUCCCCUGGAGUCCAUCCUGGGUCGGCAGAUCCUCUUCACAGCAGCCAGGUCUCGUGCAUCACCCUUCACUAUUAGAACAUGAAGAUGGAGGAGUUGCCACCAGCUCAUGGUUGCCUUGCUGUCCCAGCUAUGCAGGGUAGGAGGUCCUGGACAGACCUGUCCAUCGUAGAGCAGGUGAGACUUGACUCUCAGACGUGGCUUUAAACCCGGUUUGAGUCUUGGGUUCGGCUCAGUAGGAGGUUCCCUUCUAUGAAUGGUGGCAUUUUUGCCCCCCAUGAAUAUGCAGCUAUUCCCGUGGACCUCUCCUCCAUGCACUCUGUUUCCAGCAUGUGUUUCCAUGGAGAUGCGGUUUGUUCGGCCGCCCCUGCAGCAUGUGUCAUUGACUUCAAUUAGCACACGCGGCAGUCUUUCUAAGCACAUACUGGCACAGAGAGUCUUGUCGGCAGAGAUCCGGGAGCACGGCAGAGGGGUCGUGAUGUCACGGCACUGUUGGAGGUGGUUCGAACAGAGAUGUCGUUCCACCCGUCUAGGGGUGGUCAGAUGAAAGCCGUUUCUCCAGCGUUUCCUGGGUCUGUCCUGGGGUCUCCUCUCAGAGUCACCUCCCCUGUCCCAUCAAAAACUCUUUUAGGUGACUAUCCACAGGUCAUGACCCCAGGUGAGAGUGGGAGCCUUGUCUUUUGGCUCAGCUCUGUCUUCCUCACAUCUUCUUCUGAGAUUCCCAAGCCAGAGAACACAAGUUUCCUGUGCAGUCUCUAUGAAAGCCUUCUCCACUGCUCCAGCGUCUGUUCUUACUUGGAAAUCUUUAAAGGGCAGUUUCUCACCGCUGCUCUCUUCCUAAUCACACCAACUUCUCCCAGACUCCCCGAAAACCCGGCUGACGGAGUGCGGAGCUGGCCCUAUAAUGUGACCUUGACUCUCCGCUCUCAUUACAAAGCGGCUCCCCGGCUGCAUCCGUAAUUACCGGGACCAGGUGCAUCACUCAGCCGCGUCGUCAUGCAGUUUGAGAUUUAAUUUAGAGAUGCGGCCCGGGAUAUUAACCCGGCUAAUUACGGCGACGAGCGUGGACCGCGGGGCGAGCGAAAACUCACAAUGACUUUGACUUUUAUACAGAGGGGAGCACAGGCCUCCAAAUUGAGCUCUUGUGAGGAAAUGGUGUGUCAUCGGCAGGAAUAAUGUUUGUUUUGGUCCCUUUUUUCCCCCCCGGACUCAAUCGACUGGAAGGCAGCAGAAGUCCAAAUGACUUUAGCGACGGAACCACACCAGAGCAGACCGAAUAGAAGUCAAAUGUAUGUCUGCCAUUAUGCCCGCUGUUUUGUCUAGGAGUACUGUGACGUGAGGACACAAAUACAGCCAGAUCCAUCCUCUUAAACAAAACUGAGCGCUCUGUUGUGGCAGAGAACCACGGGAUGAUGAUGGAGGCUAUGGUUCAGAGUGAGUUGCCUGAGGCUGGGGGGAGUCCCCGGGGCAGGCCCAGAACUGCUGAAGUGAAGAAACGUGAGUUUAACUGGACUAAAUCUUGGUUAGUUGUGUAGUUGUACCUUGGUACUCGACACCUGACCCAGGUCCUGCUGAAUCACACUGAAGUCAUAAUGAUGCUGUAAACCCACAGUCGUGACGAGUGUCGGACCAUCGAUACUAAAGACCAUUCUGUGGUCGCCGCACCGAUUUUCCUAUGUACUGUAUGUUCCUAAGUAUUUAAGUACGCCUGAGGCUCUUUUUUCUUCUCGGGGAACAGAGAAGUGUGACGGCAAGGGUGUGAUCUUUUAUUCAUCUCUUCGUCCUCCGCUUCUCGCUUCUCGCCUCCGCGCCGGGGAGCAAGGCAUCUGACAGGCUUUUCCCAAAACCACCAGCUGGAGUGACAACACGAGGAGCCGAAGGUGUGUGUGUGCGUGCGUGUGCGUGCGCGCGUGCACGUGCGUGUGUGUGUGUGUGUUCGAGGGCUGUCACAUGGUGCUGACGGCAGUGCAGCCUUCGGACCUCGGCAGAUGGUUCGGACAAGACGGAUCAGGAGCUCGGCCGCCGACAGGAUUUCGCGUCGUCCUUUUGCUUCGUCCUCCUUCUCUCUCACACGUGUGACUGACCCACUCUGUUCCACAACUCAUCGUGCUGUUACCUCCGGACACUUUGCUUUCCUCCCACAGUAUCCGGGUGUGUGAAUGGUUGUAACCCCCCUCCAUCAUGUCCCCCACAUGCCACUAUAUUCCAGUAUUAUAUUAUAUUAUAUUGCUGUUAAAAAUAUUUCAGAAUAUGUUUUCUCCAUAUGAUGCUUUUAACAUUCCAUAUUUCUAGCACUAUUUGUGCAAUAUAUGUGUUUUAUGACUUUUAUCACUUUUAACAUCAUUUUUUAAUUAUUAUUAUAUUUAUUAUUGUUAUUGUAUUUUUUUUUACAAUAUUUUCAUAUUUUUUUCUACAACUUAACAUUGUGUAUUUUAUUUUGGGUUUUUUUGCAUCUUUUUACAUAAAAAUGUAAGAUUUUUUUCCAGAUUUUUUUGUAAUAUUGAAAUCAUUUGGUAUUUUUUCGUUUCAUUUCCACAUCAAUAUGUUUCAUAUUCCAAUAUCCAGUCUGUGCAUGAUUUCACAGUUUCUUCAUGCUAUAUUUGGCUUGUGUAAUCCAUACAACAGACCCCGACUGGCCGGAUCACGGUGGAGUGGUUGCAGUAGAGCUACUUCAGAUCAUCUCAACAUCCGUCGUCUCGCAGGCUGAGGUCAUGUGACCGAACCUGGAGGGCAGGCCGAGGCUGCUGAAGCAGGUCGACGCAGCUCAGGCCCGAACUCCACAUUUCUCCACUUGAGCCUCCAACUUCCUCCCAGCGUCACCUGCCUGUCACAGCAAUCAUGGCUGCCGCAGAUAUUUCUGUCCGAGUUGCCAUGGCGAUGUGAUUGAGGGCCAGUCGGUUCUUUGAUUGCCACAGUCUGCUACAUAAUUUUGACUUUGUCAUCAGCAACUAUUUUUAACUCCUCCAGCUCCAUGGCUGGAGAACCAGGCGGCAACUGCUGUCCUGGCUUCAGCUGCCGGAUCCCGCUGGCCUCGUGUUUCCAGAUGAAAGCAGAAAAGACGACACCAUUGAAGUGGCUGCCAAGAGAAACAAGCAGCGUGUCUUCACAACAAAACCUUCAAGUGCCGCGUCAGCAGUCCUGCAGGAAUGAUGAUGAUGAUGAUGAUGAUGAAGAAGAACUCAGAGACUCCUGUACCUGCGCUCGCUGCUCUCAGGCAUCUCAUAAAUUUGGGAUACUCGCUGGCUGAAAUGUGAAGGAUCUGAAGCGUUGAAGAUCCAAGCUGGUUGUGAAGCAGAGAAGUUGUUUCUUGGCUCUUCGAUCUCUCAGUGGGAGUCAGAUCUGUGGGCAGUGAAUAAAGGAGGAGCGAGGACUUGGACCUGACCCCCCACAGCGUCCUCUGAGGGUGAGGCGGGUGAGUAAACCAGGGGCUGCGGAGCCGAGAGCGGGGGACGACUGGAGUGCUCUUUCUUCAGAUACGCUCAUCGAUGCUGUGCCUGUGAUCGCAUGGUCCACUGAACCUCAACGUUUUAGUGACCUCAUGCGUGAUGAUGUCAUCGCAUAACCUCACCUCAUGUUGCAGAGUUGUUUAUGGCUCCACUUUUUUUCACGUGCGUGUGUUGCUGUACCCGCCCCUCCAAGUCGUAAACAAAGGUGGAGCAGAGGAUCACUCCGAUGUCGCCGUUGAUCGAUUCCCUUCAGGCCAGUCCUGUUCCAGGAACGAGACGCGCGUCACCCGCCGUCCUCCAAUCGCUGCCACUCAUGUGCCAUCUGAAGGCCCCUCCCCCUCCUUCCUCUGAUCUCCCAGAACAUCCAAGACGUUCAUGGUUUAAUACUUUUUAUGCCUCAUUGAUUUAUUGCUAACCCAUCAGAAGGGCCCGGCAGGGUGAUCAAUCACGUCCGUGUCGUGCUGCACUCCACACACUCGCCUGCGUGUCUCUGUGCUCCCAACUGUCUCCCAGGAAUUACAGUCGCUCUGAUGGGAUUCGGUCUGUCGGUGGUGACGGGUGAUGUUCAAGAGCCUUAAUCAGAGACUCGCUGUGGUGUGGAGCCGAGAUGGAAACGCGGAAUAUAUUGGUCACAUUACAAGCAUCCGAGAACUGAAUGGCAUGGAAAAACUCUAAAGGAACUGAGGGAUAUGUGACGUUCCUUUGCCAGAGUGAGAGAAGUGAGUCAGGCACAUGUGGCUCAGCUCUCCGUCGUGGUUCUUCUCCACCUCUUCCCCGUCUUUUUGAUCUCAAGAAGAGAAGGUGCUGAUCCACAUCCUUGUUGCUCUGGAGCCAAAGGCACCUGCAGCUCUUCUUCGUUUCACAAAGUCAACAAACGUUGUUUCAAUCAACACAAUGAAAGUCUUGUUUCAGGCACGGUCAGCUGGGAGGAGGGCGAGGAGUCGACCCAGGUGGAGGGGUUCCAUCUCUGAGCUGGUGGAUGUUGCCCGGGAGAAGGGCAUUUGGUGUGGCCUUCUGAAGCUGCUGCCCCGCGACCCGGCAACAGAUAAGCUGAGAUAAGAAUGGGUGGAUGGAUGGAUGGUACAAAUCAGAUAAAAUGGAGUUCCUGGUUCAAGGUCGACUGAAGGACGUCGUCCUCGGGUCCGGGACCUCAGGCUCUGCAGCAGCAUAAACUCAAAGAUGAAACUGGAAAUUCUGGCUCCUAAACCUUCCAGCUCUGCUCAAAGGCGAAGACAGUCGAGCGUGUGAAGACAAACAAUGUACCUGCUCUCUUUUUAAGCACUUUAAAUAAGUGACACUUGGCCUCUGGUGUCAGCGAGUCUCAAGAUCAGCCGCUGAGCUUAUGAACUAGUGUCAUGUCCGUUUGCUCUGGCCUCCUGGCCCCGGGCAGCUGUCUGUGGUGCUGAAACUGGUCCAGUCCAGAUCAACCUGAAAUCAGUUGCAGCGGAAAGAGAGCUGCGUCUUCUCGAAGCACAAUUGAGAUGAAGAGUGAUGAAUAGCAAAAGGCUUCACUGCUCCUCUGACCCAGUGUGCAGCAGCAGGGUGGUUUCUCCUGGAAGUGAAAACAAACUGACACUCUUGAACUCCCAUGUUUGGGCUGUUCUCAGGCGUCUCUUCUUCUCUGGCUUCUUACACCUCCACAAACCUUUGGAGGUGUGUUACCCUGUUUCAAAGUGGCGUCUUGGUGUCGCUACCCUGUGACACCACAGAGUUGCCUCGCUCACUGAACUUGGACUUAGCUGUGGCCGAACGAAGCGCCCCAGAUGUGCCCUCCUCACUCGUCACCCAACGUUUAGAGACUCUAAGUAGAACGAUGCUCUCUGGACGUUUGACUUGAAGGAGGUUUCUGGGCCUCUUUACGCCCACUUCUGCCCCCACAACCUGAGUGAAAGAAGAGGCACAUCUGGAUGGAUGCAUCGCUCGUCUCAUGCAUCACACCGUCAUUACAAUUCUGUGUGUGAUGUGAGUCACAGUCGCCGCCGGCCCACCGGACCUGGUGCCUCCUGGAGAGUCUGUGAGCUGUUACCUUCCCAUGCUGGUGUCAGCUGCAGAUGGUGACUCAGACUUUCAGGGAUCAUAACUCGCCUGAGAGAGUUGGACUCACUGGAGGGUCAAGAUCUGGACCUUCUGUCUCCUGAGCCACGACUUUAUCCUCCAUCUCUGAGGUAAAUAACUUGAAUUUAAAUGACUGGAGUGGUGUUCUCCAACCCUUAGCUGCUGAUGUGAGAUGUUUGAGUGAUGACUCAUCUCCAGGGACGUUAGCGAGAGCGGGAUCUUCCUCCCAGGGAAGUCUAGUUCCACUGCUCUAUUUUUACUGUGUUGUUGGUGCAACUGUAGUGCAGCAGUUCAUUUGGGUCCCUGAUCCACAUUUCACUGAGCACAUUUCGCUGAUGCUGGUUUGGUAUUUCAGCAGGUCUUUUAUGGGUCAAGACUGAAACUUGGGUCUUACCAAACACGCGGCUUGAUUAGCCUGGGAAGUCGAGCAAAGUGGUGCUGUUGUUCAUCUUCGCUCAUCUGACCUAGUCACCUGGCGGGUCCUCUUUCUGUUGUCUCACGACCCCUGGGAGGUCCCAAACCCCAGUUUGGGAACAGAUCUUGGUUUGGACUCUUGUUCUUCCAUUUUCAUUUACGUUCAUAUCGAUGUGUUCAAAAAUAGCUUCAAUGACGGACGGAUGGAUGGACGGACGGACGGACGCAUGGCGGGAUAAACACUAAAUCUUCUCUCGGCGUCUCUCCGCUCGCCCACCGUCUUAGCCAGGCUAAAUUGUUGUACCACUUAAAUGAUGUUCAAAUCCCAAAGGCGCCCCCUCACUCUCACCACCUCACACUCCUCCCCCCUCCCUCCCCUCCCACAGCGCGGUGCCGCUGCAGCAGACGCGUCGUGCCGCAGCAGCAGAAAACACACGGCACCUGUCGUCUCUACCCGGAGCGAGAUCUCCAGAAUCCCGCGCUGCUUGGAAGGAAUCUCCGGACAUGAACCAAGAUCAACCGCGACCUUCGGGACCGUGACGAGCGAUGGCUUCCAGUGCGGACAGUCGUGCACAUUACGCGUCGAGCUGCUGAGCCAGAGAGCAGAACCUUCCCAGCAGCAGCCUGAAGAAACGCACCGCAGGUUCAGGGUGGGAGAGCCGGACACCAUGAGAGGCUUCCUGCUGUCUGCGCUGCUUCUGCUGCCCCUGGUGGCGUCAGAAUCGGAGCACUGCAUCAUCAAGCGUGAGCACGAGAAGUGCAUGGAGAGAAUCGCGUCGCACAACCCCAGUGAAGACGAACUGACCUGUCCGUGGAUGUGGGACAACCUCACCUGCUGGCAGGCGGCCAGCCUGGGCGAAGUGGUGGUGGUGAACUGCCCCGAGCUCUUCCAUGACUUCAUGGGCCCUGAGGACGAGAUGGGGAAAGUGAGUCGCAACUGCACGGAAGACGGCUGGUCGGAGCCCUUCCCUCAUUACGUGGACGUCUGCCUGUUCUACGACAACGCCACCAAUCCGGACACCUACUACGCUUCUGUCAAGGCUCUGUACACGGUGGGCUACAGCACCUCACUGGUCUCUCUCACCACGGCCAUGGGCAUUCUCUGCAGGUUCAGGAAGCUCCACUGCACCAGGAACUUCAUCCACAUGAACCUGUUUGUGUCGUUCAUGCUACGAGCCAUCUCCGUCUUCAUCAAGGACGGCGUGCUGUACGCGCAGGAGGACAGCGACCACUGCUUCGUGCAAACGGUGGCGUGCAAGGCGGUGAUGGUUUUCUUCCAUUACUGCGUCAUGUCCAACUACUUCUGGCUCUUCAUCGAAGGCCUCUACCUCUUCACCCUGCUGGUGGAAACCUUCUUCCCUGAGAGACGCUACUUCUACUGGUACACCGUCGUAGGAUGGGGAACCCCCACCAUUUGUGUGACGGUCUGGGCCGUUCUGAGACUCCACUUCUACGACACCGGGUGCUGGGAUACGAAUGAGAACACCGCCCUCUGGUGGGUGAUCAAGGGACCAGUCGUGGCCUCCAUUAUGGUCAACUUUGUCCUCUUCAUCGGAAUCAUCAUCAUCCUGGUCCAGAAGCUCCAGUCUCCGGAUAUUGGCGGGAAUGAGUCCAGCAUUUACCUGCGUCUGGCUCGCUCCACGCUCCUGCUCAUCCCUCUCUUUGGAAUCCACUACACGGUGUUUGCCUUCUCCCCAGAGGAAGUCAGCAAGAGGGAGCGGCUGGUGUUCGAGCUGGGCCUCGGCUCCUUCCAGGGCUUUGUGGUCGCGGUGCUGUACUGUUUCCUCAACGGAGAGGUCCAGUCGGAGAUCAAGAGGAAGUGGCGCAGCUGGACGGUGAACCGCUACUUUGCCGUGGACCUGAAGCAGCAGCGGCAUCCGUCGCUGGCCAGCAGCGGCGUGAACGGAGGGACGCAGCUGUCCAUCCUCAGCAAGAGCAGCUCUCAGAUCCGCGUGUCCAGCCCCCUGGCGGAGAACGCCAACAUCAGCCUGCCCACCUGAGCGCCGGCCCCGCCCACCUUCCUCACGCCCGCCUCCUCCAGACCAGUCACAACCAAAGUGUUUCGCCGUCCAAGACGCGCAUCGACUUGAGCCUGAAAUUCCAACGCUUCUCUCUGGUGGUGAGGUCACAGGCGGCGGCGCUCAGAGGGAUGACGUCACCCCUCAGCUUGUACAAACGCCAUCACUCCUGUUUGUCUUUUCUACGACCAGCCGUGAGUACAGAGUAUGUCAAGUAUUACACUCCGUGUACAUAGCUAACUUUUGAUGUCAAACUGUUUGUCGUCGUUUUUAACUCGUGGUGAAGAACUUCUUGAAACUGGAGCCCACAUCUGUAGACUUUCAUACGUGUGUGUGUGUGUGGACGGCGCCAGCAGGCUCGUGCCGCGGUCACCUGAGCGGACGCCGCGUGGCGCCGCCCUCAGGUCGCCGCUGCCACGUGCCAUUUUGAUACAGCUUGGUGCCAUAUUUCUGCCAUAUUGGGACUCAGACCUCCACCUUCCCCCUAAAAAAACGUGCCAAAUUCAUUGUCCAGUGGUGAAAUGAUGACGGAGCCAUGCUUUCUGUGGCGUCCUGAAGUGCCUGAGUGGUCACAGAUGGUCCGAGUUUACGCUGUGAAAGUUGCUUUUGGCUUUAACCUGACAGCUCUCGACAAUCGCGACGCCUGCUUUCUGUUCCCCUCGUGACCAGUCAGGUGGAAGGAGUCGGUCAUGAGCUCAGCAGAUGUUUAUUUUUCUACUGUCUCGCCAUCUGGAUGGAUUUAACGAAUGUAAAAGCGGUGUUUUCGGUGUAAAAAGGGAUCCGUUUUCCAUCAAUAUCGCGACGCUUUGCUGGAUUGUCUGACGCGGCUGUGUCGUGUGACCUUCAGUAUCGGAUUAGGUUUGUGUUCAGAGACCCUUCUUCGGUCAGUCGGGGGAAUGUACUCCUGGAGUAGAGCGGGCGUUUACAUAGAAUCGGGAUUUCAUGCCUUUGAAAUCACGUCUUUACCUCUGUGUUUUUGUUCUGGGAUCAUCACGUGACCUGUUGUGUGGAUGAUGGAAUAUCCUGUCUUUAAGUGGAAACAGAGUUUUAUAGUCGCUCCAUAUUGAAAACAGUAUUCUUGUAUAUUUUUGGACAAUUUCAGCCAUUCUCUUUGUGACGUGUUUUUCAUGACAUUAAAGUGCAAUCCACCAUUUUAUUUUGUUUGAACCUCACACUUUGUUUGAAAGUGCAUAGUUCAGUGCCAUUUUUAAGUGUUCAGCUGUGUAAAAGUUGUUUUCUUCAUGAUGUCAUGUGGUGUGAGCUAGCGGCUAACAUGAGCUAGCUAGCUUAGUUUAGCACAAGCUUCAAAACACAGAUGAAGGACGAUUGAAAGGAAGGAAACCAACUUCACUGACGCUGAUAUUUGUUUUUAGCGAGUGCUAAGCUAACUAGCGGCUUCCUGAGCUGUGGGCUGACGCUAACUCUACCUGCGCUGGAAGUGAACUGUGCCGUCGCGUGUUGGCCGCCAUCUCUGGUGCCUGGUGAGGUGAAUGGGUCUUCUGAAUGUACUGUUGUCGCUCGGCUGCUCGUCCGUCGCUGCCUGCUAACGUUCCCGUACUAGCUAUGUCAAACCGUCUCAAGAGUGUUUUGGGCGCGACCUCUCCGUGGUCAUGUUUGUGUGUCUGUUCAUGGAAAUAUAGUCGGUGUGAAACAGAUUAUCUACCAAGCUCCUGCGCCGCCGUUCUACCUGUGACCGUGUUUGUCAUGUGACGUUGUGGUGUCCAACAUUCAUGUCCCUGAUUGUGUAACUUCUACUGCAAAAUAAAUGUUGUACUUCUGA